CCGCAUGCGCGAUUGAGUCCCAGGGGCGGGGCUGUUACAUCCGGGUGUCUGGCGCCCUGAGGCUGUUUUGUUUUCUCGGCUGCACUGGGGGCUAGUGAGGCGACCCGGCGCGGCGCGACAUCAGGCUCCGGACGGACUGCACGGGCGGGGCUGGACUGACCUGAAAAAUGUCUGGAUUUCUAGAAGGCUUGAGAUGCUCAGAAUGCAUUGAUUGGGGGGAAAAACGCAAUACUAUUGCCUCCAUUGCUGCUGGUGUUCUAUUUUUUACAGGUUGGUGGAUUAUCAUAGAUGCAGCUGUUAUUUAUCCCACUAUGAAAGACUUCAACCACUCAUACCACGCCUGUGGUGUUAUAGCAACCAUAGCCUUCCUAAUGAUUAAUGCUGUAUCGAAUGGACAAGUCCGAGGUGACAGUUACAGUGAAGGUUGUCUGGGUCAAACAGGUGCUCGAAUUUGGCUGUUUAUUGGUUUCAUGUUGGCCUUUGGAUCUCUGAUUGCAUCUAUGUGGAUUCUCUUUGGAGGUUAUGUUGCUAAAGAAAAAGCCAUAGUAUACCCUGGAAUUGCUGUAUUUUUCCAGAAUGCCUUCAUCUUUUUUGGGUAAAGGACUGGUUUUUAAGUUUGGCCGCACCGAAGACUUGUGGCAGUGAAAAUGUCUGAUUUCCUGCAGCCUGGCAGCCCUGCAUGGGUUGGUUGGUUUGUUUUUUACUGCUCACUCCCAGUCUUUUGUAAUGCCAUUUUCUAAAUGUAUUUCCAAGUGUCGUCUCAGCUUAAAGUUGUGUAAUACUAAAAUCAUGAGAACUCUCUUUUUAAACAGCAACAACAAAUCUGUUGUGGUAUGUACUUGAUUAACUUAUAAAAUGUUAAAGGAGACUAUUUCACAUGAAUACUUUCUGUCAAGUUUUAUCAUGAUAUAAUUUGUAAAAAUAAAAAGAAAUUACAGAUUCAUCCAUGUAA